AAGGGGCCACGUUCUCGGAGGAAUGCAGCCUGCCCCAGUGGCAACAGCUCCACCCCAAUCAAUCAUUGUCAAAUCCACACCCAUAGUCAUUGAAACCCCUUCACUCAUUGUCAAAUCAACCUCUGGACCAGGAGGGGCCCUGGAGGGAGCGACCGAGGGAACAGAGAGGACCCUGGAGGGAGCGACCGAGGGACCAGCAAAGGCGCCAGAGGGAGUUGCCACAGGAGCAGUGAGGGCCCAGGAGGGAGCAGGUGAGGGAGCAGCCAAGGCUUCAGAUUCCAUGUCACCAUCUUCAGUGGAAUUGACUGGAGUCCAACAACCAGCCAUGAGGCAGGAAGUCACCAAACCCAGCCCUUCAGGAAGGAGGGACACACAGAAUGAUCUAAGAGCCAAAGAUGGACAGAGCUUAUUAGGGUCUGGUGACAGAGCCCAGCCCCAGUUAACCACAACUCCCCAGGCACUGAGCAAACUAACCCCCCAGCAAAACCCUGCCAUCAAGAAAACGGGAAUAGUCAAAGGCACAGCCCUUUGUCUGGCCCAGCCCCUCGUGGACAUGGCCCCUCCCAGUGAUUCCAAAGUGAGACCAGAGCUGAAACCACAAACUGUCUUGGAGCCUGUGCAGAUGGAAAGGCCUGUUGGUGGGGCAGCUUCUGAUAGGCUGAGUAAAAUGGCAGUGAAGGAUUUGAUCUACUGGCGUGAUCCUAAGAAGACAGGGGUUGUGUUUGGAUCCAUUCUGACCUUGUUGGUCUCGCUGGCAGUGUUUAGUGUGGUCAGUGUGUUGGCCUAUCUUGUGCUGGCUUUGUUGUCCGUCACCAUCAGUUUCCGCAUCUACAAGUCCGUGGUACAGGCUGUGCAGAAAACCAACGAUGGAAAUCCCUUCAAGCCUUAUCUGGAACAGGAUAUCACCUUGUCUUCGGAAACAUUCCAUAAAUACUGCACCAUUGGCUUCACCCACUUGAACAGAGUGCUGAAAUAUCUGCUGCAGCUCUUCCUGGUCCAGGAUCUAGUGGAUUCACUGAAGCUUGCAGUUCUCAUGUGGCUGAUGACCUACGUUGGAGCUGUCUUCAAUGGGUUGACUCUCCUGAUUCUGGCUGUACUGUUGACCUUCAGCGUCCCGAUCAUCUAUCAAGCUUACCAGACACAGAUUGAUCAUUACAUUGAACUAGUUCAGAAGCAGGCAACCUGUGCUUUUGGGAAGAUCCAAGAGAAGCUUCCAGGCGCAAAACGAAAGAGCGAGUAACAGCAGGGGAGACCCUGCUCAGCACCCUCCAUUGCCACUCCUCCCUUUGUCCUCGCUACUAAACUAAAACUCUGUAUUGGAACUAAAUGCUUGCUGUCUGUCUGCUUGGGCCUGUGUGCCACCAUUCCUGCUGUUGUGGACUGCUUCCAGGAAUUUGCUACUUGUUCUUGCCUCCCCCACACCCUCACCCUCUACCCCCAGGUCGAUCUCAGCCAGCAAGGGGGUCACUAGUAUGUUGUGUGUGUCUGUUGAUCACUGGCUUAAGACACAUUCCUUUCUGCUGCUUCUGUUUCAAUGAGAUUAUAAAUAUAUAUAUUUUCUGUUUUGCCCUUCUCUGAAAGACACUGUCUGUAAACUGCUGUAGAAAUUACUGAGCAACAACAGGGUGGAGAUCAAGAGAGAAUCAAUCUCCUUCCCCCAAUUGUGUAUAUAAUUGAGGGUGCAUGUGAAAAUAUUUGUCAUUGUAACUGAACAGUCUUUGAGAAACUGGGGGAGGAGUAGGAAAUAGGCAAGUGACGGAUGAAUUUCUGAAUUGUAAGUGAUGUAUGUCUGUAGUUAGUGUGUGUGUGUAUAUACGCCAAUCUGCCCCAUUCCCCCUACCAGGUUUCAGUACUGGCUUUGCAAAAGUAACUGUCCUUCCCCCUCCCACCCCCUGACCUUGAGUCCUGUUUGAAAAGGACACUACGCUCUGUGGUGCUGUUCUCAUUUCAAUCCCCCACUUGCCUGCUUGGUCCAUUGUGUGAGAUAACCACAGAUUGACAUUCAUUAAGAGAUAUUCCUGCAGCAAACUUCAUCAAGGGAUGGCAUGGCAAUCUCAACAAAAUGGUUAACCUCAAGGUACACUAGCUAUUGAUCAGAAGGACGGGUGGGUGUUUAGGGGAGGAGCUAUGAUCUUUGGAAUAUGCCCCAUUAGGAGGGCAGGGCAGAUAACAGCAGGACUAAGCCCAUGUCCUCCUCUUUCUGACUCUGUGUACUCGCACAGUUGUAACUCUGUAUAGAACACUGGAGGGCGAAGUGGUGUGGGACUGCAUGGUGUGCGAUUGUCCUCUCCCUACCUAAUAAAGGCCUGCCCUAUAUUGGGGGCUUGCGUGGACAUAGUAGAACCUGCAACCUUUUUAAAAAAAAAACAGAAUUCCUAUUGCUUUGAUUGUACUUAAACAAGCUCCUAGACAUUGAACUGGUUGUUUUUAAUUUUAAUUGCUUAACUUUGUAGUUUAUGAUUCACUUCCCUCCCUUACUGUGCUGCACCAAGAGCGCACAUCACAAAGGCAUAACACCUUCAUUGUUGGCCCAAAACUCUGAAUUAAUCCACUUCCAUGUCAGGAUUCAGCUUUUGACCAAGUGAAAAGUUGAAAUUGGCUUCUGAGGUAUGUAAAUCAUGAGUCGAGGGGUUUGGCCACUGUGUUGGCAAACCUAUAGCCCAUUAUUGAGAGCUAUAGCACUCUUCACUGAGCUUAGGUUUAUCCAUACAAAUACUUAAGGGUGAGGUUAGCCACCCCAUCUGUUGGCUAAAGCCCUUCAUGAAUUCAUGUCAGGACAUUGCUGUAGCUACACACAGCCUGAGAUAACAUUAUAACUGCAGUUAUACCUUCCCUCUGUCUUUCCAUUCUCUAACUUCCCACCCACCGCAGGACUGUUUGGGCAGUUGAAACCUGAUGUUUUAAUGUUUGUCUAGUGUUACCAUAAGGUCGGGUUUUUUAGAGCCAAUUGUGUUUUUGAGGGAGCGAAUUGAACAGGGGAAGUAUAACUGAGUGCUCGGAAAUCUGUGUAUGUUAGGAUUAGAUGGAACUGUUGAGAAUCAGACAAUUCCUGCAAAAAUGUUAUUGUGAAGUUGAUAAUUAAAUUACAUCCUUAUUGUUUA